ACCAUCACUGCAACCAUGAGCAGCGAGGCUGAGACCCAGCAGCCGCCCACUGCCCCCGCCCUCAGCGCCGCUGACACCAAGCCUGGUACUAUGAGCAGCGGCGCAGGGAGUGGUGGCCCGGGUUGCCUCACAUUGGCGGCGCCUGCCGGCGGGGACAAAAUUUUGUGAACAGUAAAAUGGUUCAAUGUAAGGAACGGAUAUGGUUUCAUCAACAGGAAUGACACCAAGGAAGAUGUAUUUGUACACCAGACUGCCAUAAAGAAGAAUAACCCCAGGAAGUACCUUCGCAGUGUAGGAGAUGGAGAGACUGUGGAGUUUGAUGUUGUUGAAGGAGAAAAGCGUGCAGAGGCAGCAAAUGUUACAGGUCCUGGUGGCGUUCCAGUUCAAGGCAGUAAAUAUGCAGCAGACGGUAACCAUUAUAGACGCUAUCCACAUAGUAGGGGUCCUCCACGCAAUUACCAGCAAAAUUACCAGAAGAGUGGGGAAAAGAACGAGGGAUCAGAGAGUGCUCCCAAAGGCCAGGCCCAACAACGCCGGCCCUACCGCAGGCAAAGGUUCCCACCUCACUACAUUCAGAGACCCUAUGGGUGUCAACCACAAGAUUCCAACCCUCCUGUGCACGGAGAAGUGAUGGAGGGUGCUGACAACCAGGGUGCAGGAGAACAAGGCAGACCAGUGAGGCAGAAUAUGUAUCGGGGAUAUAGACCACGAUUCCACAGGGGCCCUCCUCGCCAAAGACAGCGUAGAGAGGACGGCAAUAAAGAGGAUAAAGAAAAUCAAGGAGAUGAGACCCAAGGUCAGCAGCCACCUCAACGUCGGUACCGCCGCAACUUCAAUUACCAACGCACACGCCCAGAAAACCCUAAACCACAAGAUGGCAAAGAGACAAAAGUAGCUGAUCCACCAGCUGAGAAUUCGUCUGCUCCCGAGGCUGAGCAGGGCGGGGCUGAGUAAAUGCCGGCUUACCAUCUCUACCAUCAUCCGGUUUAGUCAUCCAACAAGAAGAAAUAAGAAAUUCCAGCAAUAAGAAAUGAACAAAAGAUUGGAGCUGAAGACCUCCAGUGCUUGCUUUUGCCUGUUGACCAGAUAAAUAGAACUAUCUGCAUUAUCUAUGCAGCAUGGGGUUUUUAUUAUUUUUACCUAAAGAUGUCUCUUUUUGGUAAUAACAAAUGUGUUUUUUUAAAAAGCCUGGUUUUUCUCAAUACGCCUUUAAAGGUUUUUAAAUUGUUUCAUAUCUGGUCAAGUUGAGAUUUUUAAGAACUUCAUUUUUAAUUUGUAGUAAAAGUUUACAACUUGAUUUUUUCAAAAAAGUCAACAAACUGCAAGCACCUGUUAAUAAAGGUCUUAAAUAAUAAAAAAAAAUACAAAA